AAACAAACUUCGAUUUUUGACAAAAAAAAAGAAGAAGAAGAAACAACAAUGUUUACUGAAUUUUGUGAUUCAUCUCAUUAUACAUUUGAAUUUGGUUUUUGAAAAUUCAUUUUAGAUAUAACAAAAUGUACGGUCUUCUCAUCGAAAACAUUAUCCAAUACAUACAGGAUAAUUUUGGUGUCGAUAAAUGGAAUGAAAUACGUCGAUUAGCACAGAUUGAAGAAACUAGUUUCCAUACACAUACCGUUUAUCCGGAUGUUUAUACGAAAAAUAUUAUCGAUAAAGCUUGUAAGACUCUUCGAAUAUCGGAAAAACAAUUAUUAUUGGGCAUUGGUGAAUCAUUUGUCACAUUUAUUGGACGUUAUGGUUAUGAUGUUGUUUUAUCCGCAUUAGGACGAGAAUUUAGCGAUUUUCUAAACAGUUUAGAUGAUCUACAUGAAUAUCUACGGCUUAGUUAUCCACGAUUGAAACCACCAUCAUAUUUUUGUGAUAAUGAAAAUGAAUAUGGUCUUAUAUUACAUUAUCGAACGAAACGUAAUUUUCUACUUUGGUAUACGGUUGGCCAAAUACUUAAAGUGGCUAAAUUAUUCUAUUCAACCGAUGUUGAAGUUGAAUUAUUAAGCGAAAAUCAAGAAAUCAAUGAAUAUCAUUUCAUACUUCAGCUACAUUUUGAUAAUCGUGUCUAUUUGGAACGUUUACGUAAUGGUAUCGGUGAAUAUCAACAUUCUAGAUGUUUAUCACGAUUAUCUGUCAAUUCACCAUUGUUAUUCAAUAAUAAUAAUAAUAAUAACAGUAACAAUAGCAACAAUAAUCAAAAUAAAAAUGAUUUAUCAAUAAUCAAUAAUCGUGAAAGUCCAAUUGGAAUCAAUUAUCAAUGUCCAUCACAAUAUCAUCAUUCUAAUUCACAUCAUCAUAAUCAAAUGAUGAUUUGCCGUGCUGUAUCACCAUCAUCAUCACAAUCAUUAUCAUCAUUAGUAGCAUCACCAUCACCAACACAAUUUUAUUCAUUAAAUAAUUCAUUGGAACACAUGAAUCUAUCACCAAUUACAUUGGAAGCAUUUAUGGAUAUAUUUCCAUUUAGUAUUGUAUUUGAUUCAAAUAUGAAAAUCUGUCAGAUUGGAAGUUGUUUAAAGAUGGUUUGUUCAAAUAUUUUGGGACAAAAUUUGACGAAAAUAUUUUCAUUAAUUAAACCGAAAAUUGAUUUCAAUUGGGAAUCGAUACUACGACAUACGAAUACGACAUUUGAAUUGAAAUUGGAUAUAUUACUUAAAAGUGGAAAUAAUAGUAGCCGUAUUAUACGUGAAUUACGUAAUAUAAGUCGAUCAAAUCUAGCUGAUUAUGAAAUGAUGAAUAGAAGUGAUGUAGAAAUUGCACGUGAAGUACGAUAUCAAGAAGAAUAUGGUAAUCUGCCACAUCAUGUUACAGUGAUUAAUGAUUCAUCACCUAUUGGUGAUAAUCCAUCAUUCUUGAAGUUGAAAGGACAAAUGAUUUAUUUUGAUUGCUGGAAAUGUAUAUCAUUUUUGGGUGCACCAAAUGUGGCUAACCUGGAUACGUUGAUUAAAACUGGAUUAUAUCUGAAUGAUUUAAGUAUGCAUGAUUUCUCUCGUGAUAUGGUAUUGGCUGGACAACAACAAAGUGCUGAAUUAAAAUUAGCACUUGAUCAAGAAUUACGUAAAAGUCGUCAAUUAGAGAUAACCAUUAGAAAAUUGGAUGAAGAACGACGUCGAUCAGAUGAAUUACUUUAUCAAAUGAUCCCUAAAAAGAUUGCCGAUAAAUUACGUGUUGGUGAGAAAAAUAUCGAAACAUGCCAGUAUUUCUCAUCGGUUACAAUACUAUUUUCGGAUAUUAUAAAUUUUACUGAAAUUUGUAGUAAAAUUGCACCAAUGGAUGUGGUCAAUAUGCUCAAUGAAACAUAUACAUGUUUUGAUCGUUUAACGGAAAAACAUGAUAUUUAUAAAGUAGAAACCGUUGGUGAUGCUUAUAUGAUUGCCGGUGGUCUGCCUGUCCAUCAGGAGGAAAGUAGUUAUAAUCAUGCACGUAAAGUUUGUCUUGCCGCUAGAGAUAUGAUACAUGCAUGUUAUCAGAUUCGUGAUCCAUCACGUGGUAGACAUAUCAAAAUUCGUAUCGGUAUUCAUACAGGACCUGUUGUCGGAGGUAUUGUUGGUCAAAAAAUGCCAAGAUAUUGUUUAUUUGGUGAUACGGUAAAUACAUCAAGUCGUUUAGAGACAACAAGUGCCAAAAUGAAGAUACAGAUAAGUGAAGUGACACAACGAUUAUUGGAUCCAAAUGAAUGGAUCAUUCGAGAACGUGGUACAAUACGUUUGAAAGGCAAAGGAAUGAUGAAAACAUAUUGGCUUGAAUAUCGUAAAGAUCGUAUGAAUAAAAAUCAAUUGGAUAGCCGAUUGAAAAAUGUAUCAGACAAUGAUGAUGAUAUUAGUGAUGUUGAUCAA